AAACCUUGUAAUUAACAAUCCUCUGUUUCAUAGCUUUGUGAGUACAUUUGCAUUUUGCAUAUUGUUAAGCCAACAAUUCCAUGCUUGGGCUCAUGGAACCACGAGCAAGCUUCCGCCUCUCGUGGUUGCGUUACAGGAUAUGGGACUGCUCGUUUCACGGAAAGAUCACCCGGGACAUCACCAAGCACCGUAUAACAGCAACUACUGUGUAGUGAGUGGGGCAUGGAACAAGGUUUUGGAUGAAAGUAAGUUCUUUAGAGCAUUGGAGAUGGCGUUGUUUCUCCAGUUUGGUGUGAGACCAAGGUCAUGGAACGAGCCAAACUCUGACUGGGCAGAAGAAACCGAAAUCUCCAACAACCAAGCAUAGUACUUGAUCUAUUACAAAGAUUUAAAGAAUUUGCUGGAAACGUUUGUUUAGUAAGUUUAUGUAAUGAAGUAUGAGUGUAUCGAAUAAAGAGCAUGUAUUAGG